GGUGAAGUCAGAAGUGCUGUACAGAGGAAAGGAAGAGAGGGACAAGAAAAAAGCGUAAGGACGAAAGCGUCUUCCUGGUUGGGCAAUGGAGUCUCUCCCAAGCAAGAUGCAGGAAGCGGAUCAGCACUUGGACCGCCUGGGAAGCAUUCUACGUAGCUUGAGGGCGCGACCCUCAGACCGAGUCUUCUUUUCCAGCGCUGCCCAGCUCACUGAACAAGCCCGCCGGAAUGAGAACAAGCACGUGCAUCAGCCCGAGCACCUGCAUCAGCACCAUACGCAUCAAAGAGAGAAGCAGCCACAGCGUCAGCAGCAGCCACAACCUCAGCAGCACCACCACCAGCAUGAGCACGAGCGGUUCCUGUACGUGUCCGGGUCGUCGCAAUCGUCACGAUCACGACCAUCGCGAUCGCGCAUGGCGUCGCAAUCCUGGCAGCCCGAGGUGACAAUCACAACAACAACAACGCCCGCGCUCCACUCUCACCGGUGUUCGGGGACGGCUACGACGGACGGCCGACUCGCCGACAAGCCGGAAAGCGAUGCGAGAAAGCAGGACGCUCCGCUCCGUCGGCCACGGCAGGCGGAGGUGGGGGAUGUAGGCCGCAGCGUAGCGCCGCCGACGCCGCAGUUCCACGAGCGUGUGAGCGGUGCUGACGACAAGGGUCCUCGCCUUGGUGACGACAAGGGUCCUCACCUUGGCGACGCUGAUAGCGGUUUCGUUCCUUCGGCGCCGAGCAUCAAAGUAGUAGUUCGACCUGGAGUUGCAGGCGCUGAGGCCGGUAGUUGCGGUGAUGGUGGCGGCGCUGGUACUGCUGCUGCUGUCGCUGAGACAACGAAAAGCGUUCGAGGGCCGUCGCUAAGGGAACGGGCGAUUCGCACGUGGUGGAGGGGCUUGUCUUGCGGCAUUUGCUUCGCGGCGGGGGCGUGGGCGCGUGAGGGACACGGGACGUUCGGCGCCCUGUUGGCGUUGGCCGCGGUGUGCGGAGAAAUGGUGUUCCACGAACGCGCUCCUUCUUAA